AUGCAAAAUGAGUCUGAAGCAGAAGGAACAAACAGGCUACAAAAGAGAAAACAAGACCAAGCAACCGAAACAGUUGAUGAACGAGCAAGAAUACUUGAAAUACUACGAGCAGUUUUUCACACAGCAAGUUCAAAUGAAAAUGACCAAGAAUCAAAUGAGCAGUUGAGUAUGUCUGUUGAUGCAACUGUAGAUAUAUCUGUUCCUGAAGCAGACGAGGAUAGUGAGUCUGUACAUGAAGCAGAGGGGCCAGAGGUGAGUAGAAAUGAAUAUUUACAUGAGGGUGGUUGGCAAAAUGUUGACAACCCUCUGCAUGAGCUAGAGUUUGUACAAAAUGAAAUGCACAGUUUUCAUUUAGAUCAAGAACAUUUAGAGCAUCGACAAUGUAUAAUGUGUAAAGAAGCUUGGCCGACACGACAGAAUUUAGCAUCAGAAGUAUACAUUUGUUACCGGUGUAAAAGAGACAAGAAAUCACCCAAGAAAUUCAGUGCGGAGAAUGACAUGGACCCAGGAAUAGUUCCUGAACAAUUGAGAGGUUUGACACAGGUAGAAGAAAUGUUAAUUUCAAGGGUUUGUCCCAUUAUGAGAGUGUAUAGAAAACAUGGGGGUCAGAGGGGGUAUAAAGGACAUGUACUUAACUUACCACAAGAUAUUCAAAGUUUCUUGAAUAGGUUGCCUUCUCGUGUGGCAGACUUGCCUGUCUUGAUUGUGCGAAGACAUGGUGCAGAAGACACGCAUCGAGACUUUACUGUGCGUCGACACAAAGUUCUUGAGGCUGUACUAUGGUUAAAGACAAACAAUCCGUUCUUUAAAAAUAUUGAAAUUGAUAGAGAUGUCAUCCAAAGUUUACCAGAAAAUGGUAUUCCUGAUGAGCUAAGGUAUGUCAUUGAUGAAAAUGAGCUUUCAGUUCAUGUUGAAAAUGAGGGGCCUCCCCAAGACCCAGUAAUGAGUGCUAAUGCAAGUGUGGAAGAGUUAGUUUUAGGAAGUGGCGGUACAUCGUUUAUUCCUAUGCGUCAAAGACAGAGAAAAGAAGGUGCGGCUAUCCAAGAUGCAGUAAAUGAGGUUGAUCCAUUAGACUGGCCAUCUACUGAAGGUAAUCUCAUUAUGGAGGUUUGCUUCUCACCCUCGGUUUCCUUAUUGGGCGUUAAACAUGAAACAACGACAUCAGCUGUUGUCACAAGCAAAUGUUUACUUGCGUCAACAUCCUGCUGA